AUGUCUCAACAAAUGAUUGCUAUCAUUUCCGUUUAUGAUAAAUCCAAUUUAGAAACUUUGGUCAAAGGUUUCUCUGAAAACAAUAUCCGUAUCAUUGCAUCUGGUGGUACUUCUAAAUUAAUUAGAUCCUUAGGCUAUAAAGUUGAAGAUGUUUCAUCCAUUACAAAAGCUCCGGAAAUGUUGGGUGGUAGAGUCAAGACUUUACAUCCAGCAGUUCAUGGUGGUAUUCUUGCAAGAGAUAUUGACAGUGAUGAAACUGAUUUGAAAAGUCAAAAUAUUGAAAAAAUUGAUUUUGUUGUUUGUAAUUUAUAUCCAUUUAAAGAAACAAUUGCUAAAGAAAAUGUAACUAUUGCAGAUGCUGUUGAAGAAAUUGAUAUUGGUGGUGUUACUCUUCUAAGAGCUGCCGCCAAGAAUCAUGAAAGAGUUACUAUUUUAUCUGAUCCAAAUGAUUAUGAAAAAUUUUUAGUUGAGUUAAAUGAUAAAACCAUUGGUGAUAUGCCUGGUGAGAUUUCCAAAUCUUUAAAGAACCAAUUUGCCCUAAAGGCCUUUGAACAAACUGCUAAUUAUGACUCAAUGAUUUCAGACUAUUUCAGAAAGCAAUACUCUAGUAAUAAGAGUCAAAUCACUUUAAGAUAUGGUGCUAAUCCACAUCAAAAGCCAGCUCAAGCAUUCAUUGCAUCAAGAGAAGAAUUACCAUUUAAAGUUUUGGGUGGUUCUCCAGGUUAUAUCAAUUUAUUGGAUGCAUUAAACUCGUGGCCAUUAGUAAAAGAAAUUAGUGCUUCAUUGAAUUUACCAGCUGCUGCCUCUUUCAAGCAUGUUUCCCCUGCAGGUGUUGCUGUUGGUUUACCAUUAAAUGAUGUGGAAAAGCAAAUAUAUUAUGUCAAUGGUAUUGAAGGAUUGACUCCUUUAGCAUGCGCUUAUGCUAGAGCUCGUGGUGCUGAUAGAAUGUCAUCAUUUGGUGACUGGAUUGCCCUAUCAAAUAUUGUAGAUGUCCCAACUGCCCAAUUGAUUUCUAAAGAAGUAUCUGAUGGUAUUAUUGCUCCAGGUUUCGAACCUGAAGCCUUAGAAAUCUUACAAAAGAAGAAAAAUGGUAAAUAUUGUGUUUUACAAAUUGAUCCAAAUUAUGAGCCAGAACAAAUUGAAACAAGACAAGUAUAUGGUGUCAGUUUACAACAAAAGAGAAAUGAUGCUAUUAUCAACAAAAAUACUUUCAGAGAAAUUAUUUCCAAGAAUAAAAGUCUCAAUGAACAAGCUAUUAUUGAUUUAACAGUGGCGACUCUUUCAUUGAAAUAUACUCAAUCUAAUUCCGUUUGUUAUGCCAAGAAUGGUAUGGUUAUUGGAUUAGGUGCUGGACAGCAAUCCCGUGUUCACUGUACAAGAUUGGCUGGUGAUAAAGCUGAUAACUGGUGGUUCAGACAACAUCCAAAAGUAUUGGGUAUGAAAUGGGCUAAAGGAACUAAAAGACCAGAAAAGGCCAAUGCUAUUGAUUUGUUUGUCACCAACCAGGUACCAACUGAACAACCAGAAAAGUCUGACUAUGAAUCCAAAUUUGAAACUUUACCAGAACCACUAACUGAAGUUGAAAGAAAAGAAUGGAUGUCUCAAUUAACUGAUGUUGUAUUAUCAUCGGAUGCCUUCUUCCCCUUCCCAGACAACGUCUACAGAGCCGUGAGAUCCGGUGUCAAAUACAUUGCUGCUCCUACUGGGUCAGUUAUGGACAAAGAAGUUCUAAAGGCUGCCGAUUCCUUCGAUGUUGUAUACAUCGAAAACCCAAUUCGUUUGUUCCAUCAUUGA